UAUCUGCUGUCGCUUUAUUCGAUCAGCCAAAGCAGUAUAUAGUCAAAACUUGAUUGAAUCACAAGCUACUUGUCGUAACGAGCUUGUUCGACGGGAAUAAGGAGAUGAUCAAGAUCCAAUUGUCUCUUCUUGUUUUUUCUACGCUUCUUUACCUGACAUUAGGAUGGGAGCCAGGGACGCAGUACGUCUAUAAAUACGUCGGUCGAUCGAUUGCUGGUAUUUAUAAAUUCAAGCUACAAAAUGCUAUCAUUGAACUUCGAAGCCGUGUCAUCAUUCAGAGUAUCGAUGAAAACACCCUCAUCGUUAAGCUGACAGAAACUGCUAUUCAACGUGAGGGGAACUGUUUAGUAGAUGGCUAUACUAUUGGCAAAGAUGGUGAUUUCGAAAAUCUUAUCAACAAUGAAAAGGAUGAAAUCCCCAAUUCUGAAAUGCUUGCUGCUCCUUUCGUCAUCUCUCACAACAAAGGAUCGAUUACCGAACUUAAAAUCGAUGCUGACGAACCACUGUGGAUUGUUAACAUUAAGAAAAGUAUCGCCAGUCAGUGGCAACUGGAUAUUACAGGUGUCCGUCAUGAUGGCCCUCCUCCCAACUGGCAAUCCAUCUCUAAAGGUGGUGAAAGCACAACCUUCUCCGUCUUUGAGGAUUCGAUCAAAGGCGAUUGUACUACCAUGAUCGAUGUAGACCGAUUAACUAGGUCACAGGUGUUUAACUCUGAUGCAUUUCAGCUGGGGUCGUUCGAUGCCAUUUGUAAGGACAUGCCAGUCUACCACAUCGCCAAAACGAGGGACUAUAACCGCUGCAAGAGUAAUCCCGUCUGGUUUUCAGCUAAUCCUGGCAGCCAUGAUUGCGAAUUUGACAAAGGGAAUUGCGGUAGUUUCAUGCACCGAACCGCAAUGGUCAAAUAUGUGGCUUGCGGUGAGUCCAUCUCAAAAUUGACUGUUGUCAACAUUUACGGUUUUAGCGACUUGAUGGUUCAACCUUUCGCUACCAAAACCGAAGAGCUGCUUAACUCUGUCAUCACUAGUUGGUCCAUAGAAAAGAAAGAGGGCAUCACCUCAUUUUUUGGGAGUUUAACUUCACCUAAAAGACACACAAGUCUCUCGUACGUCUUUGAUGACUUCCAGCAACUGAAUCAUGAUGGGACUCCUGCUCAGCCUAACUUGGUGGACGCUUACAUCAAGAGCCCCAUGGCUGUACCGAUCCUACACAAGAACAUCGUCGAUGCAUUACGUGUAGUGGGACGGAAUCUUAAAGAAACAGCCUUCGAAGAAAAAUGGAAGGACAUCAUUGAGCGAUUGGCCAUCAUUGGUCGUAUUCUACCCAUGUUCUCCUUGGACGAACUGAAAUCCUUGUGGCAGGAAAUUAAGACACUGGAUUAUAUUAUCGUGACAUUUUUCGUCGACUGUGUCGUACAGUCAGGCAGCAAUCCGGCCGUCAUGUUGAUCAAGGAAUUGGUCGAGACUGAACAAAUCACUGGACCAAAGGCAACCUGGGCGUUGGCUGCAAUUGGCUAUUUCGCCAAGACUCCAACUCGUGAACUCCUCCGUGAAUUGAUGAGCUUCCUGAAAUCUGGUCCUGUUCAGUCCAACAAGGCCGUGAUGCAAACCACUAUGGUGACUGUUGCCGAUUUAUUAAAUGCUGUGUGCGGUUCCCCUUUCAAAGCAGCAAAACGGUUUCCCGUUUCCACCUUGGGUGAAUUCUGUAACAGGAAAGAUGGUGUUAUCAUCGAUGAAUUCUUGCCUUGGCUUACGGGGGAACUUGAAUCCAGCCAGAACACGGUCGAUCGCAUAGUUAUCUUGACCGCUUUUGGAUCGUUAGGUGUCGAGGAGAUUGUCCCAAUUUUAUUACCGGUCAUUCGUGGAACUCCCGGCAAAUUUGAUGAAACUGCCGAACGUGUUCGUGCCAUCCUUUCCCUCCACCGUGUUGUGUUCACCAUUCCGGAGAAGAUUCAUCCAAUCUUGGCUAACUUGGCUAGUAGCAUUACAGAACGUCCCGAAGUACGUAUGGCUUCCUUAAGUCUACUGUUAAUGUCUAACGCUCCUCAAACCUAUUGGAAAAAAUUCGCUGGUGGCACUUGGUUCGAUCCUGAUCAUCAAGUGGCUACGUUCACGCAUAACCUGAUCAAUUCACUUACGAAAAUACCACCGUCGUCUCCUUUGCUAAAGGAAUUAAUCAAAAAAGCUACAAUUGCCUGGCCGAUGGUUAAACCUGCUUCAACUGAUCAAUCAUUUUUCUUCCCUGAUAUUCGAUCUUCUAACCUGGACGAAGGAAUCGCUGUUAUGAUACAUAAUCCAACCUACCGUGUCUCCCAUGGGCAAUGGCCCGUCUUUAUGGCUAAUCGUUACUUUUAUCAACUGGGUCCAUUAUCUGCUGAAGUACUUAGCGUUUACUUGUGGAAUUACAACAUGUCAGAUGUUUGGCAAAACGUUUGGGAGAAAAUUUAUCUAGGCAGUACGACUUCAAAAGGAGAUAACAUUGAGAAGUUAAAGGCUAUUUGGGAUGAAUUGAACGUCACCCCUCGCCCGGCUGACAAACGUGCUGGGCUCCUACAUUUCAACCUGAUGGGUUCAAUUAAUCGUUUCAUCGAUUUAGAGGAACUGGGAAAAUCUAUUCCAGCUUUAUUGGCCAGCAUCGCCAAGUACCAGAACAAGCCGUACGAAGUGAGCGUGUCCAAGUACCGCAUGCUGGCCGAAUACAAUGUACGAUUUCCCACUGAACUGGGCCUGCCCAUGCGGUUUUUAGCUACUCUGCCUCUCCUGAUGUCCGCCCAAGGCAGUCUGAAAGGUGAUGGAAAAGGCGGAAUGAAAUCGUGCAUCAAUGCUGAAUUCAGCUUGAAAUUGAGUUCAGAGAUCCGUGUUGAUAUUCCUUUCAACGGCAAGUUCAUCGCUACUGGAGUGGAUGUCAGAGUCGAUUUUCUUCCUCCCAGUGAUCUGAACUUCAGCUAUAAAGUCCCUGGCCAGAUCAAGAUGACUUGGAUUCCGGAAAAGAAAUUAAAACCCUUUUUUUAUUACCACGUCCUUCCCUACACUAUCACCAGUGACUUGGCCAAAAGCUUAACACCGAUUCUAGAAGACCAUGGAAUUAAAAAUAUCGUCCUUGUUGACAAACCUAUUGCACAUAGAUUACCUAUUGGUGGUCGUUACGGCGUCAACAUCCAGCUGGCUGAAAUUGUUCACAUGGUGAAUUCCGAUAAAAUGGUUUUGUGGCAGUGGUUCCAAAAAUGGAACUUUAAUGGUUUGUUCAAUCUCGGUUUCGUUCCCCUAGAACUCCGUGGUCGUCAUCACGCUUUAUUUUACGAUCCAUCUGGAACCCAUGCGCGUUCAGUUACUGUCUACUUCCAAUACCAGCACGCCACAAAGUCAAGUAAAAACACUCGCGUUUACGAGUCGGGAUCAAGUGAAUUGAAGGCUGCUGUGGAGGCUGAUUUAAUCAGUCCAGUUAUUCCGGAAUUUUUCCCUGUUCUCGGACGUCUCUUUAAGAAUCUGGAAUGCGGCAGUGCUCACUUAUUGAGGGCUGGAAUCAUUACCGAGCAAAAGAAUGGAACGUUCAUCCACUUCAACCUCAUUGCUGGCCUGUCUAAGGAUGCCUGGAACACUAAAGAUUUCACCGAUAUCCAAAUCGAAAAGUACACUUCGGGCAACGUUCCAGCAACAAAGGAGUUUAAUUACUCUAUUUGUUACACAUCAAACCGCACUUGGAAUAACCCUAAUGCAUACGGCUUUAGCAAAAAUGUUUUAGAAUUGAAUGAUGAGAAAAAAAUUACAUUCGGGGAAAAUUGUAAUCAAUCGGGAAUUCGUCUAACAACCAAAGCUUAUCGUGACCGUGAAACCGCAAAUGCAGCCUCAGAAAGUCAACAGUGCUUCAAGAAUCAUACCAUCCUAUCUCUGUAUGUAAGCCCGGAGUGUACCGAGGCCCAACGCUCGGAUCAAACUUACAACAAUUACGAACUUAUUGCCGAAACUGAAAACUUGUCGGAUAAUGCUAACUACUGGAUUAACACCGCCCGUCAAUGGAUCAUUUACAAACUGUAUCCUUUCACCGUGAAACAUAUCCAAGGACAAUCCAACGCUGCCAAUCGUUCCACCGUGACCAUCAAACGUGAUUUCAACACCGGCACGAGCAACAUAACCUUCAUUCGUCCCACUGAAACUGUCGUUGCCGUCAAUGUCCGCACUGGAGACGGAACUGUUAAUCAAUGGGCUCGCUUCUCUCCAUUGAUUUUUGCGUACUCUAAAAUCUUUUAUCCAUUAAACGCUGGUAGAAACUUCAUCCGCGAGGCUUCCAGGUUGAGCUCAGGAGGUAUUUCAGAAGCAAAAUGCGUGAUUGGACAUGAUAAAGUGCAUACCUACGAUGAUGUUUUCUACAACUACACUAUCAACGACUGCCCCCAUGUUUUGAUGACUGAUUGUCGAAAGGAAUCCAUGAUCGCCGUUCUUGCCCGAGAGGGUGACCAAGGAAAGAUUGUCACUGUCAUUAAUGGUCAGGACAUUAUUGAGUUGAAUCCAACAGGUGAUGUCACUGUCAAUGGAGGCAAAACUGUUUACACAAGUUUGCGAGAUCGAGGUCGUAUUGAAAUCCGUUCUGCUGGAUCAAAAGCUAUCCUGGCUGUCAUUUACAAGCAAGACGGGCAUCUUAUCAUGGAAAUGAAGCACUUAAACUUAAUCAUCAGGAUUCAUUCAAGUGAAAUGGAGCUGAGUGCUCCCCAACAUCUACGCGGUCGCGUUUGCGGCUUGUGUGGCGAUUUCAACCAAGAAACUCUUGGUGAAUUUAAAACUCCCAACCGAUGUGUCGUUUCCACAGGUGAUCUCAUGGCCGCUAGCUUCAAGUUGAAAUCCGAAUGGAAUUGUUCUCCAAUCAACAACGAGAUCUCACGUCGUUUGAAAAAGGAAACGGAAGUUUGUCAAUCGGCUGACCAGUUUAAUCACGUUCACUUAUUUGACGACCUUAAAUAGGUACGUACCUGUUGGAACACUUAUUUGGAUUUAGCUGUGGACAGGUGAAACGUUUCCCUACUUAUAACCUUGAUUUUGUGAGGUAUAUAUUCUCAAUGUUUUAUUCAAGACUUCUUAGUAUUCUUAGUGUGUUAUCGUAGUUGUUGAGGAAUUUUCAGAGAACAAGUGCAAAGCAUUAACGGGUCUUUUGCUUUUGUUUGAAUGAGGAAUGGCUUCGUAGGUUAAAAGGUAUUUGUAGUUGAAUCAGGGAUUCGUCGAUUGAGCAAAUGCUUUGGUUUCUAUAAUUUCAAGUCGUUGAAAAGAACGUGUUUGGAAAUAUAGUAAAGUUAACGAGUGUA